AUGCCCCCCGCGCGGGUCGCGCGCGGCGUCGACCGCGCGGUCGUGCAGCGCGCGCUCUGCGCGUUCGUGCGCGCGCGCGCGAGCGGCGCGCGCGACGACGACGCGGCGCGCGCGUCGUCGCUGCUUUUCGACGCGGCGCCACCACCGCCGACGACGUGGGGCGAGAGCGCGACGCGACUCGCGCGCGUCGUGCGGUUGAGCUGGAGCGAAGCGCUGGCGCGGUUGAACAUAUGGCGGUUGGAUCACGUGCUGGCGCUGCGGAUGCUGUCGCAGCGAGACAUGGGGGGGGCGAUCGCGAGAGAGGUGGCGAGACGCGGGACGCGCGCGCGUUUGAACAGGACGGCGAGGACGGCGGACGAUUCGAACGCGAAAGAGGCGUGGGAGAAGAGUUUGAGGGAGAUAAAGAUGGCGCUGACGUAUUCGAAAUCGUUGCGCAGGGCGCCGGAUUUGAAGACGGUGGCGGCGCAGGGAGGGGUGGGUCAGGAGGCGAUUUUGUUGAGCGAUUUGGCGCCGCGAAUGAUGCGGCCGGCGUACGUGUUGUUUCGGGACGAGGAUGAAAAGCGGUUGGUUUUUGUCAUUCGAGGCACGCACAGCGCGAAGGAUAUGAUAACAAAUUUAACUGGCUCGGUGUGCGCGCAUCACACGAUGGUGUCGACGUCGGAUGACGAGGAGGCGACGUUGCGCGUCGGGUACGCUCACAGCGGAUUCCUCACCACGGCGAGAUUUCUCGAGCGAAAGAUUAAAGACGACUUGCUGUCUUCGCUCGCGGCGCACCCCGGGUACGAGCUGAAGAUCGUCGGGCACUCCUUGGGUGGUGGUGUCGCGGUGUUGCUCACCGAAAUGUUACGACAAGACCCGAGGUUCAAGCGAGUGGGCUUGCACUGUUUCACCUUCGCGUGCCCGUCGACGCUGAGUCGCGAGCUCGCCGAGUCGUGUCGAUCUUUCGUAACGACGUGCGUGAACAACGCCGAUUUAGUCCCGAUGGUUAGUUUUAGCAAAGUGAGCGAGUUACAGCGCGAAGUCGUGAGUACGGCGCUCGAGCAAAGAUUGUUGGAUAAAUGGAGAGAGAGUACCGCGGCGAUGGAAUGCGCUCGAGGACCGACGCCGUCGCGUUUCGCCGCCGCCGCCGCGGCUCUGGGAAAACAAAACUACGGCCCACAAAAGUACCCACAGUGGUUGCGCGCGCUGAAAGGAUUGAAGACAAGGCACGAUAAGUUAGUCGAGUCGAGUUCGCUGUACAGACAAAGCCUGCUGAUCGGCAAACGCGUGAGUAACACGAGUUCAAAAUUAGCCAGUCUCUCGGGGGCGUUCAUCGCCGGCAUCGUCCCCCCGCGACCGAGGAAGAAGAAAACGCUCGAGCGAGCAGAGCCGACGGGCGAGAGCAAGACUGAGUUCAGCAAGACGAAUCAGCAAGUAGGCGACACCAUCUCUGCCACCGUGCUCGCGACCGAUAUUUGUCACGACGCCCAUCUCGCGCACGCGCACGCCGCCGCCGCCUCGCCCAAGUCGCAGGAGGAGCGCGAUUUCCAGGAGUACAUCGAGAGCGCUCGAAUCGCGCUCGACGAAGACUUCCAGAAACCGCUCACCGCUGACGAUAUGAAAAAGAUUUAUCGCGCUGAGGCCAACGCGGCGCAAGAGGUGCUGGCAAUGCAAGAAGACAUCUCCGUCAUGAAAGCAGCCGAAUUGUUGGGAGACGAGGAGGCGCUCAUGACGGCGGAUUACUACGGCGCAGACUUACCGCCGCCGCGCAUGGACGACACCGCGUCGUGCGACGACUCCGAGCGCGAGCCCGUCGUCAAACGCGUCAAAUCCGCGUCAAGCGACGCCCGCGCCGACCAAGACAUCGCCAAGCGAGGCACCGUCUUACUCUACCCCGCCGGCCGAAUCCUUCACUUUGUCUACAAAUCCGGCCUCGACGAAGCCGUCGACGAAGCCCGCCGCGAGUCCCGCCACGCCCUCUUCUUCGACGUCGAUUUAGACGUCUACCGCAAGAUCAUCCUAUCUCGCACCAUGAUCGCCGACCACUUUCUCUCCCAGUACGAGGACGUGCUCGACUCCUUCGUUCGCGAGUGCGCCCGCGCGUAGCUUCCCCAACU